GCAAGUCAAGUUUUACUAUCAUUUAUGAAUGGAAUGCUCAAUAGUACGCACUAUUUUAUCAGAAACCACAAACGGUGCAAUGGAAACUCUAUCUUUUAGUGACUUUCAGCAGAUGUUCGUCGAAAACAAAUUCAACAAAUCUUUGCGUCUUCUUAUCCUUGACUCAAGACCGUAUAUUUCCUACAAUGAUGGCCAUAUUGUUGGUGCUAAGAACAUGUAUUGCCCUCCCAUAUCAAAAAGAAGAUUUGCAAAUGGAGGAAAACUUCAUCUAGAGAAAAUGUUAGAUAGCGAAACCAGGCAUAGACUGACGUCUGGCAGUUAUUCACAUAUCGUUAUUUAUGGAGAAAAUGAAGAUGAGGUUCUUCACUCAGACAGCAAUGUUAACAUCGUCUGGCAUUCCAUACAACAGCUGGGAUUUGGGGGAAUAUGUCAGCUUUUGAAAGGCGGAUUUGCCCAAUUUGAGCAAAGAUUCCCCCUGCUUUGUACGUCUGCUGAUGAUACCUCGAUAAACAAUUACCCGCCAGAACCCACCGCCCAGGAAAAAUCUCAGAGGCACGCACUUUUCAGAACCAAUUCCACCCUGACGGACCCGGUGGAGAUUUUCCCCCACCUGUAUAUCGGGAACGCCCUUUCCGCCGCCAGCAUGCCGGAGCUCCAGCGACUUGGAAUCACCGCUAUAUUGAACGUUUCUUCCACGUGUAAAAACCAUUUUACAAAACAUUUUGUCUACAAAAACAUUCCUGUCGACGACAACCACAGCACAGAACUCUCCGAAUGGUUUACAGACACCAAUUCCUUCAUUGAUGAAGUGAAAGGUGCGGGCGGGAGAACUUUGGUCCAUUGUCAUGCGGGAGUCAGUCGAUCGGCUACAAUCUGUAUUGCUUACGUCAUGUACAGCAGAAACAUAUCAUUGGAUGCAGCUUUUGAAUUCGUCAAAUCCCGUCGGAGCGAGAUUUCACCAAAUGCAGGUUUUAUGCACCAAUUAUUGGAAUUUGAAAAAGAACUGGCGGAAAAGAAUCGCCGUAUGUCCCCUCUUACGCCGCCCAGCUCGCCCCCAUGUCGAUUUUUCUCUGUAUCUUCCAGUUUUUGUAGCUCUAUGGAUACGAGUGUUUCUUCGCCAUUUACCACGCCAUUUUCAUCGCCAACAGCUCUUUCCAGCCCCAUGGUGGCAUUUACCUGAGAGAUUGAGCCAGGAGUUCUAGGAAAUGUUUACACCUCCCCAAGUGGUGAUACGAUCAGUUUCUGGACAGGUUAUUUCUAUAGACUCAGGUCUAAUUGGUAUUCAUCGGUAAACCUUCUUGUUGAAGAUUUGCAUUGAUGGCAAAAUUUUGCGUUUGCAUGUCAAUGUUUGCGUUACAGCAAACGACAGUCAACUUUUGUCGAAAAGUAGUGUGCGACAGAGACGAAGGCAUGACAGACUCUAGAAAGCGAAAUUUGCGAGAGAUCGAGUGUUUUAUUCUUUGUCUUCAGACAAUCGAAUUUUUCUCCAUUACAUAUAUGCACUACACAUGAUUAUGUUUACAGCGAUAUGAUUUUCUUUUUAUGUGCAUGUUUUAUGUUACAUUUAAGUAUAAU